AUGGUGGACGAUGAUGAUGAUGACGCCGAAGGUGAACCAGACGAGGAGGUCAAUGGUGCUGCUCACACGAUGGUCGAUGCCGGAGCCGUACCUACAAAGGGAGCCAUGUUCAAGCCUAUACAGCCUCUGUCGCCUCCAAACUCUACCUUGAGCGUUGCUAACAACAACAACGUCAACGGAACCAUCGAACAUCGUCAUCAAGAGCUUGCACCGCCCUCUACGGUAGCAAAUGACCCAUGGGCUCAGGGUGGUGUACCUUGGUAUCUUGAACUCUUCGACAUAGAUGGCACUACAGUACACGAGGAACGAUGGUCGGGCCGUGACGCCAUGUCGGAAGAACUCACCGAUCUGGACGAAGAGGAAGUGGCUGUUCUUUGCGACAAGCCUAGCGCUUCCGUCGAGGCAGACGACAAUGCCAAAAGUCGAACCAGAAGCUCGGCACGAAUCAAGCGCGCUGAAGAAAACAGCACCACUUCAAACGAAGAAGAGAAUGCUCCUGCAGAAGUACAACAGACUGAAGAGCAAAGAGCAGAGAGGGAGAGAAAGGACAAGGCCAAUGCGAGACGCAGAGCCCAAAGAAGGCGCAAGUGGUGA